AUGACUCUACAUUCAAAAAUGAUUUUCGGUUUAUUAUUUUUGUUUUCCUCUGCUUUAACUGGUGUUGUUGAAUCUGCACCUACAAGUGCUAUGGAAGAUCGCUUGAGUCAUUCUUUUAGUCAUUUCCCUAAACAUGCAAAUACUACACCUGAGUAUCCAAUUCACCAACAUGGACAAGUCAUACAAGAAAAACAACUACAUGCUCGGUCUCCGUGGUCCAUACCAAACGUUAUCAAUAGAUUUGUUCAAGCAUCAGAUCCUGGACCAAACAAUGUAGUCAAUUUUGUCCCUCCGUUCAUCACAUACUCGACAAUCAAUAACGACUUUAGCUGCAAAGGCUAUGACCAAGUUUUUGGUGAGUUUUUACAGAUUAAGGCCAAAGGUAUUAAAGGUGUGCGUGUUUACGGCGUGGACUGCAAUUCAUACUGGACAGUACAACCUGCAGCUCGUGCACUUGGACUCAAAAUCAUGCAAGGGUUUUGGAUCACUCAAGCUGGAACUUGGUCCAUUAAUCAAGCAGUAACCGACUUGGUCAACUGGAUUAAGUACUACAACGGGAAUAAUUGGGAUCUAAUUGAUUCCAUUAUCGUGGGGAAUGAGGCCGUGACUGCCGGCUGGAUUGAUGCACACCAACUUUUGGGCAAGAUUCGUGAUGUCCGAGGUCAAUUACGUCAAGCUGGAUACGUGGGCCCGAUUUCAACUGCUGAGAUUCCAUCUGUAUAUAUGCAAAAUCCCUUUUUAUGUGUUGGCGAUGACACUAUAGAUUUUGUCGGUGUUAAUGCACACCCAUAUUUUGACUCUGGAAAACGUUAUGACCAGGCUGGUGAAUUUAUGCAAAGUCAAAUCGAUGUUGUUUCUCAAGCUUGUCAGGGAAAGGCUGUCAAAAUUGUUGAGACGGGAUACCCUAGUGGAGGGAAUGUGCACGGUAACCAAGCCCCUAGCCCUCAUGGUCAGGCGGUAGCCAUUACGCAAAUUUACAAUGUUUUAAAAGGAGAUGUUGUAAUGUUUACCAUGUAUGACGACUACUGGAAAUCUCCAGGACCUUUCAAUAUUGAACAAAAGUUUGGUAUGUUUUGGUUGUUACCAUAA